AUGUUUCCGGGUUGUAUACGGGGCCCCAAAGCAACGCAGGGCUCCAAUGAUGACAUCACCAAGCAGGCUUUUGUCCAGAUCUACACGGACUGGGCAAACCACUACUUGGAAAAGGCCCGGAGUAAAAAGCGCGUCAAUUCUUUGGCGACAGACUGUAGUGACGGGGUUCUGCUUGCUGACGUCAUCGAGUCGGCCACUUGCCAAAAAAUUCCCGAUAUAAUUAGGAAGCCAAAAACAGCCUCCCAAAUGUUUAACGACCUAAAUGCAACGCUACGUUUUGUCAUGAGUGACAACCGUAACAGAUUCAGCGGCGCUGAGUACCGCAAGCGAGCGGCAGAAAAAUCGAAGAAAAAUGAAAAAGUCUUAGAGAAAACUCCAAGGUUGACUACAUUCUUCAAAAAAACAGAUUCCGGAUCAGUUGAAAAAGAAACUUCGAGAGCUCAUAAUGAUCUAGAAGAUUCCAACUGUCAGCGUGAAAAUGACUCUGACACCGUGUCCGAUUCGCAUACAGAAACGAAAGAACUUGAAAUGACAGUCGACGAAGAUAUUUCACCUAACGAGAACGCGGAAAAUAUUCCUGGCAAAGAAAUCUUACAAAUAAAUGAUCCCGCUGAUCCCGCAAUAUGGAUUAUCAAUGACGAACUUCGCACUCGUUGGUCAGCUCAAGAUGAUGCCGUUCACGCUCUUGAACAUCAUUUCUCAGCAGUCAUCUCAGCUUUAGAAGAAAUGGAAGAUGAUAUCGUUGAAAAAUGUACGACGCGAAACGAAGCAUUGGGCAUUCGACAACAACUUGAAUCAUUAGAAACUGCGUUUAUGCAACAGUUGUGGAGCUUCCUGUUAUCUUACAUGAAUUCUGUGAGUAAAAAAUUACAAAAUGUCAAGACAACUAUUGUUGAGGUAUUUGAACUUUUAGAAGGGCUGAACAAAAUGAUUAGUGAUACGCGUAAAGAUUUUGACUCGUAUGAAGAGAAAGCGCUCUCUAUUUCCAAGAACAAAGAAUAUAAAACGGUUACUACGCGAAAAAAGACGAGAAAAAUAAGAUGCGAUGAAUCUAGAGAUGGGGAAGUUGAACUUGUUGGUCGGGAAAACUUCAAAAUAAAUACCUUCAAUGUCAUUUUAGACAAAAUUUUAUCUGAAUUACAAAAAAGAGAAAAAGCGUACAAAGUUCUUUAUCAUAAAUUUUCAGUCAUUACAGACAUGCAUUGUUUGAAUGAAAAAUCUGCUCAACUGAUAAAUUUCUACGAUCAAGAUAUCGAAGCAUCGUUCGCAAAUGAAACGAUUUUAUUUAAAAGUUAUUGCGUCAAAAAGAAUAUGGAAAAAAAUUCUCCUAUGGAUCAAAUUACUAAGAAGCAAUAG